AUGAAUCAAUCACACAAAGCUGCAACCCAUUUGAUACGAAAGGUUAAUCAAAAGGCAUCGACCACCUUCUUGAAAUCGUCAUCAUCAGCUUGCCAAAAAGCUUCCUUCUCAAGUGUUGCUUCCAAGACUCAAAAUCCACAUUUCGGUAUUGUGGGUAUGGAAACCUAUUUCCCUAAUCGUUUUGUUUCUCAAUCUGCUUUGGAACAACACGAUGGAGUCAGUGAAGGAAAGUACACGGUUGGAUUGGCACAAUCUAGAAUGGCCGUUGUAGAUUUGGAGAGAGAAGAUACAGUCUCUCUUGCUAUGAGUGCUGUUAAGCGUCUCUUUGAUAAGUACUCGAUUGAUCCAAAGCAGGUCAAGAGGCUCGAAGUUGGUACUGAAUCUGCCAUUGAUAAGUCCAAAUCCAUUAAGAGCUUUAUUAUGCAAGAAUUCCCUCAAGUUGAAUACUCUGAAAUGGAAGGAAUUGAUACUAUCAAUGCUUGUUACGGAGCAACUAAUGCUCUCUUCAAUGGACUCUAUUGGCUCAAUUCCGAAUAUACCACAACCAAGAAGAAUGAUGUUUACAGUGUAGUGGUUGCUGUUGAUAUUGCUCAGUAUGAUAAGGGUCCAGCUAGACCAACAGGAGGUGCUGGUGCUGUGGCCAUGUUGCUCGGCCGAGAUGCUCCUUUGAGUUUCAGUGAUUUCAGAUUGAAGGCUUUCCAUAUGGAACACGCCUAUGACUUUUACAAGCCAAAGAAGACAAGUUAUUUCCCAACAGUGGAUGGACAAUAUUCAAAUAUUUGUUAUUUGAAGGCUUUGGAUAUUUGCUAUGAGAGAUUAAGAUCCCGACAUGAACAACCAAUUUCUGUGGCUGAUUUGGACUAUUUGUGUUUCCAUGCUCCGUACAAUAAGCUUGUUCAAAAGUCCUUUGCUCGUAUGGUUUACAGUGAUUUUGCUUUGGCUGAGGAGAGCCAAUUGGAGACAUUAUUUGCCAAGUAUGGAGUUAAUGAUGAUGAAACCAAGACAAAGAUUAAGCAAUUUGCUAGAAGUCUACCAAGAGAAGAGACCUACAAUGACAAUGAAUCUAGCAAGUUCUUUAUUGGUCUUACAAAGAAGAUUUAUGAACAAAAGGUCGGAGCAAGUACUUACCUUCCAAGAGAGUUAGGUAACACCUAUGCUGCCUCUUUAUAUGCUGGUUUGACUUCUUUGGUUGGUUUGAAGGGUCAAGAACUCCAAGACAAACGCAUCAAUUUGUUCUCUUAUGGAUCUGGAUUGGCUGCUGCAAUGUUUGAAUUCCAAGGAAGAGAGACGACUCACAAGAAGCACAGAUAUCAAUUGGAGGAUAUUAAGCAUAUUCUCGAUUUACCAAACAGACUCAACCAAAGACAAGAGAUUACACCAGAACAAUAUUCCAAGACUAUGGAUCACAAUAUGGACGUUUACUUGAAACAUGAUUUUGUUUCCACUACACCAACUGACUACAUUUCAUCUGGUGCUUAUUAUUUGGAUAGAGUGGAUGACAAGUACAGAAGAUUUUACCUUAGAAAGGAGUAA